GAGCCGGAAGCGAAGUAGCCUUUGAGUUCGAGACAGCGGCGGCGUUUAAGGCAGAACGACCUGUUGCCAGUGGAGUUGGCCAGCUUCUCCAUUCAGGCUCCAGCCCGAGUUGGAGAAAACCCCGGGAUUCCGGUGGCCCAUGGGAGGGCGCAGUCUCGGAUCGCGAACUAUCCGGCGCAGACCGAAAUAGCCGAGCCUGUGAGGGCCACCGGAAACCGCGCCCCUAGGAGGAGGCGGGAAGCCUUGCCAGAGGUAGGAACACAAAGGUACGGCUCCUGGGGUGGGGCCCGCCGGCCAUGGCCACGCCCCCUGGGGCCGGUCCCGCCGCUCUUCGCUUCGUAGCCGCUGCCUGCUGGCAAGUCGUGCGCGGACGCUACGUGGAGCAUUUUCCGCGAGUAUUGGAGUUUCUGCGAUCCCUGCGCGCUGCUGCCCCCGGCUUGGUUCGGUACCGGCACCAUGAACGCCUGUGUAUGGGCCUAAAGGCCAAGCUGGUGGUGGAUAUGAUCCUGCAGGGCCGGCCUUGGGCCCAGGUUCUGAAUGCCCUGCAUCGCCACUUCCCAGAGUCUGGACCUACAGUGCGGGACCCCAAAGCCACAAAGCAGGAUCUGAGGAAGAUCUCAGAGGCUCAGGAAACCUUUUGCCAGCAGGUGAAGCAGCUGGCAGAAGCCUCUGUUGAUUUGGCUUCGAAGCUACAGGAACUUGAACAAGAGUACGGGGAGCUUUUUCUGGCUGCCAUGGAAAAGCUGUUUUUUGAAUACCUGUGUCAGUUGGAAAAAGCACUGCCUACACUGCAGGCACAGCAGCUUCAGGAUGUGCUGACUUGGAUGCAGCCUGGAGUUUCUAUCACUUCUUCUUUUGUCUUGAGCCAAUAUGGUGUGGACAUGGGGUGGCCACUUCCAGAGUGCUUUGCUACUGAUUCAGUGAACACGACAGAGCCCAUGGAGCAGAGUCCUCCUCAGCAACCAACACCAGCACUCCACGACCCUCUGCCAAAAGCCCGGCCUGGCCCACACCUUCCUCAGGAUCCAGCCUCAAGGAAGCACCCGGAAACUUUGACUGGCCACCAUUUCAAUCUGGCCCCUCUAGGCCGGCGAAGAAUCCAGUCCCGGUGGGCAUCCACUAGCAGAGGCCAUAAGGAGCGCCCCACAGUCAUGCUGUUCCCCUUUAGGAAUCUGGGUUCACCAACGCAGGUCAUAUCUAAGCCUGGGAACAGGGAAGAACAUGGGACACACACAGCAGACCCAGCAGGUGCUGUGGGCACCAGAGCAGCCUCGACUGGCAAGUCUAGGAGUCCGUCCAAGACCCUGGGAGGAAGGGCUCUGAAGGAGAACCCAAAUGACUUGUCUGCCUCAGAGCAAAAGGAGAACUGCUUGGAUUGCCCCAUGGAACCCCUGAGAUUGUCAUUAUCGCCUCCUAGGGCCAGGAAGUCAGUGCGUCCUCCAUCUCUGUGCAGCUCUGACAUUACUAUAGGGGACCUGGUUUUGGACUCCGAUGAGGAAGAAAAUGGCCAGAGGGAAGGAAGGGACUCUCUGGAAAACUAUCAGAAGACAAAGUUUGACACCCUGAUCCCCACCUUCUGUGAAUACCUCCCCACUUCUGGCCCCAGUGGAUCCUCCUUCUGUGCCCUCCUUACCGAAAGCCUUGGCCACAUCCCCGGGACAGUUGCAGCCUCCAUCCUGCAAAGUAAGGAGCACUAUGAAGGGAGAGUAUGGAUGCCCCAAGCCCUCUAGGAGGUCCCAGUGGCCCACCUCAAAGCUGACAGGAACCCAGGAGUCCUGAUCCACCUCUACCAGAGCCUCCAGACCUGGCAGAGAACCCAGAUGUCUGGCAGCCUCAUACCCUACCCUGCUCUUGGCCUUACGGAAAUGAUGUGGCCUUUGAGGCCAUGGGCAGCAUCUGCGCACUCCAUCACUGCGCUCAGCUGUGGAUACCCAACUCCGGUCUUCUUCCGGGUGGUACACACAGAGCCUGAGAAGAACGUGACAAGAAUGAGAGGCAAGUUCUCCACAGGUGUCUGCCACUGAAGCGGUGGCCAGUGGCCCCCAGUGAACCAGCUUACCUGGUCCAAUUCCCACUUUGAUGAUGUCAGCCCCAGAGAGAAUCAGCUCUUCCACCAUCUCUCCUGUUACCACAUUCCCUGCCUGGGACAGAAGCAUCAAAACAGCAUUCUUAGGGUCAGAAAGAGCCGAUCGUGUGCUUCCAGCAUUAUUACAAAGAAGAGUACCUUGGUUCCCUCUACUUGGGCCUUCUGAGGGCUUUUAGACCAGUCACUUCAAAGGACCCUGCUUUCCAAGCUGAGGUAAGGGGGUGAGUGGCCAGUGUCACCGUUGUACUAGGGUAAAGCGGGGGUCCAACUGGAACAAGCUCACAUCUGAUUUACAGUAGAUUUAUCUCCCCCUCCCCUCCAAAAGACCCAAACACAUCCUUUGCUUAAGCUGUUAUGUCAUGAAACCUCUCUGGCUUCAGGGAAACGGGGAGGACAUGGUAAUGUCGGCUAAAUACCCAUCUACACAAUUGUAUUUGCUUUUGAUGGACAGAACAGAGAGACCACUCAAUGCUGCGGAGAAAGUGAGGCGUUGUCAUAACUCCCCUGAGCUUGUAAAAAUAAAAUAAAAUAAAACAACA